UCCCUUUUCUUCUCACAGAACAAGUUCAAACUAAAGUAAAACGUCUCAUUAAGUUUUCUGAUAAAAAAAUGCAGUCUGCUAAGGAAACAGCGUCCAAUGUGGCAGCCUCAGCCAAGGCUGGCAUGGAGAAAACGAAGGCCACCGUUCAAGAAAAGGCUGAGAGGAUGACGACCCGCGACCCUAUCCAGAAGGACAUGGCUACACAGAAGAAAGAGGACAGAAUCUACGAGGCUGAGCGCCAGAAGCAGGAGGCCCGCGAGCAUAACGCCGCCGCUAGGCAGACUGGCGGCGGGGCUUAUGGUGAGGGCUACACCACUGGCACUACUGGCGGGGUUCUUGGACAUGACUACACCACUGGCACCGGGGGAACUGGAGCAGGUGGCUACACCGCAGAGGGGGGACUGGGGUCUGAUUACCCGCAGGAGACCAUGGGCGGGAUGACCGGGACGGGCGCCACCACGGGUGGAGGCGGGCGGGUGAGGCAUCAGCACCCGAGCACCGGUGGUGGUGCGAGGACAGGACAUGGGACGGGCAGUACAUAUUAGUGUGUGAGUGUGUGUGGAAGGGAGGGGUGAAUAAAUAAGAGGCGUGGCUGUGUAUGCAUUUGUGUGGUCAUCAUAGCCAGUCUUAUGUGGUGUUUUUCUUCCCUGAGACAGCCUCAUUAGUAUGUUGUGUUUCGAGGCUUUCCACUUUCUAUGCAUGUGUUCUCUGUUUCGGUUUUCUUUAGCUAUAGAUUUGGUUUGUUCGGGUAAA